AUGCAUUUGUCGGUGAUUCCUCUAAUCAAUACUAUUUUGUCCAGUUUUGUAAAUGAACCAGCGGAUCUGACAUGUCCGAAGGUUCCAAUUUCCGUUGAUACGCUCACUGGAUCAUUUCCAUCCGGUGGGCUCGCUCAGUUUCCAGCAAACUACGAUUGUGGAAUUGAUUUCAAAAUUCCAACAGGAAAAGUUUUGAAAUUCAAAGUUAGAACUGAAGCCGACGAACCAUGUGAUAAAGUUGUCAUCCGCGAUUCAAUUGGAGCUCUUAAUGAAUUCACAUCACCGAGCUCCGUCUUCUACGCAGCGGCAGAAAAAGCAACAGUUUGGGUCAAAACUGAAUCUAGCUCCUCUAGUUUCCACUUCACCUGGGAAUACAUUGAUGUCUCUGGAUUCACGGAAAUUGAAAAAUCAUUUGAAACUUUUAUCCCGUUGAAUCUCACUGCAAAUCAUUACUAUCGUUUCAAGUCUCAAACAUAUACCGUUUACCCCCAACCAAUUACCUUUUUGGCAGCAUCUCUUUCAGGUGGUGUGGAUUCUUCACUGAAGAAUAUUUUUGUUUAUGAUGGAGAGAAUUUGGAUUCCAAGUUUGUCGGAAAUCUCGAGCAGUUCUUGAAAAACAAAACUCCAAAGAUCACAGGACGGUAUCUGACUCUGGUCAAUUUCUAUCGUCUUCCAUCUGAUUCGUACCUAUUCGUUACUGAUUAUUCUCAAUAUCGAAACUAUGAUUUUGUCAUUCUGUCGAAGGACAAACCGUAUCGCAUUAAGAAGACAUCAACUAUUAAGGAACACGGAGUGUCACCUGUCACAGUUUUCUAUUGCAUUGAUUCCAACGAGACAUAUCUUACCGAUUUGAAAUUCAUGAAUAUGACCCGGGAAAAUUUCCGUGACUACGACCAAUCAGUUUCUUUCAGACUGUUUUCUGACGAGAAUCCGUAUUACAAUAAACUUUAUUACAGAAAUUACAUUACAAGGAGUUACUAUUCGCAGCGGUUCGAUCCCAAAAGCCUCCCACAACAAAUAUCUUCCAACGCUUUCACAAUGGAAUUAAAUCAAGGUGAAAUUGAGUUUGAACUGAAAUCCGGACCGAUGGAGGAUUAUACAAAAGUUAUGCCUGGAAGAAAAGGGAAAAUUUGUUCGCCUUCGAUCUGGCACCAGAAUGGAGCUGCUUCAUAUUUUGCCAAUUUCACUGCAACCGAGACAGUGAAAUUUGUAUUCACCGUAGAAAAUAUGAAAACCAUAAAGCCAGGAGAGGCGUUGCUCGUCGAAGUUGGACAGCCUCACAGUUAUUCCGAUCCAAAGUUUUUCAAAUUGACAUCUCAAAGCUACAGAAAAGAAGCGAUCGGAACAUAUAUGGCUGUGACAUUCACUGGAACAUCUGAAAAAUCUUCCUUCACAUUGAACUACAAUGUUGAGUCCACACACAGUUCAACGAGCCCCCACAAUCGGGAAUGGGGCUAUUCAACGAGCCCCCACAAUCGGGAAUGGGGUAUGAAUUCAAGCGUCUCAGCCGGAUUCUCAGUCCUCGUUUUGAUUGUCGCUUUGAUCUUUUGA